CAACUUAGGCCAUUCUCGGUAACGCUUACACCUGAAUUUGUGCGUAAGAGGAUAGCCCUUUCCCAGGGCCCGUUUUCCGCGUUUUUUUAAUUAUUUAUUUCCGUGUAAACUGCAGUCUUGAUAUAAAAACAUUGAUGGUCGAUAAUUUAUCCCUGCGUUAAAGCGCCCCGGGGUGAACUGCAAAGGAUUCUAAAGUCGUCUCAUCCGUUUUUAACCCAGCGACAUGGCUCGACCACGGCCGCGCGAAUACAAGGCAGGAGAUUUGGUUUUCGCUAAGAUGAAGGGAUACCCGCACUGGCCGGCGAGGAUUGAUGAGCUUCCUGAAGGAGCUGUCAAACCGCCUGCCAACAAGUACCCCAUCUUCUUCUUUGGGACCCAUGAAACUGCAUUCUUGGGCCCGAAGGAUCUUCUGCCCUACAAGGAGUAUAAAGACAAAUUUGGCAAGUCCAACAAGAGGAAAGGCUUCAAUGAGGGCCUGUGGGAGAUCGAAAACAACCCCGGAGUCAAGUUUACAGGCUAUCAGGCCAUCCAGCAACAGAGUUCGUCAGAAACAGAAGAGGGAGGAAACGCUGCUGAUGGCAGCAGUGAGGGCGACUCUGUUGAGGAGGAAGAUGACAAGGAAAAGCUGAAGGGAGACAAGACCGGAUCCAAACGGAAAAAGACAGCCACCUCCAAGAAGUCCUCCAAGCUGUCGAGGAUCUCAUCUGGGGAGGACGACCUGGAGAAGGAUGGGAAAGAUGAAGACCAGAAGAGCGGCUCAGAGGGAGGAGACCCUGACAACGACAUCAUCCAAAAUACCACCGACAGUAAGAAGCAGCUGCUCAUAGAAGAACAUUAGGCCAAGAAAGGAAAAGCAUGAAAGGGAAAUGUUUCUUUGUAGCUGUGAUGCCGGAAAGGUGAAACCCGCGACAUGAUUUCUCAUCAGCACCAUCUACUGGCUGCCAUCUUCACCUCCGCUUCGCUGUUGGACUUCAAGUAUGUGUUUUUAUAAAAAGGUGCACCCAUACUGAUACACCCUUGGUAUAACUGGGCAUUAUGUCACAGAGUUUUUAAUUUUUUUUCAGCGCCUAAACUUAACAGCAAGGGCCGUAUCCAAAAUCAAAGCAAAGCCCUUUGUCAUCUUAAACUCUUUUAAAUAGACAGAUCAAGAUGGUUAAUCAUGUUUACCCAGUGACUCUGAAUGCUUGUGAGUUUAUAUUGUUACAUCAACGUGAAGUUUAGGUCAUUUAAAGGGGCAUUACGUACUUGACUUGACUUUUUAUCAUGUUUUAUUGGCAACAAUUAGGCAUGGUGAUAAUAUGAGUUGUGUUUAUAUGGAGCCUUUUUCUCUGCUGGGCUUACAGGCCAGCUACAUUGCACGCGUGAAGUAUGCUCCUACAUUACGCUUCCUAUAAUCAAUAAUAUCUGGCGACACCGCGAAUGUGGCGGUGAUGCGUCGCUGAGAUCAGCUCUACGGUACAAGUGUAAAAAUAGGAUAAUGUAUUGACAUUUUUUUACGUCAGGUGUGUGACGCCCUUAUACACAGAAAUGGAUCAUGACAUGUCUAUGUGUCUUUUAAAGCUAUAGUGCGUAGUUUCACUCCAAGUAAUGAAAAUAACCCUGUCAGCGCGUCCACAUGAAACAAGCCUUCCGUGAUUGCGCCAAGCACCCCCACCCCUCCUCCACACAGUUGCUAGUAGCCAAGGAGGACACGGAGGAUUAAAAAAAAAACAUGAUGGACUCUUUAGAAGAGGUAAUUAACUUCCCUUAACUAACCCUAACCCUAACCCUCUUAACUUAAAUAUUAACUAACCCUAACCCUAAUUUACUUCGCUUGAGCUUCUGCGCUAGAAAUUCGCCGGACGCCACUAUCUUCUAAACAUAGUCAUUCUGAGAAACAGCUUUGUAGCAACUCAUUUGGCAAUAGCUUGAAUGUAACGGACGUUCAUUAGUAUAAAAUAUGUACGCACUAAAGCUUUAAAUUAAACUACCAAUGAAUGUAAUGGCAGUUUGGUUUAGAGAGUUUCUGUUUCUAUUUUUUGUUUCCUGUCACAUGCGUCCUUUGAUAAUAGCUGACUGUAGAUUGAUGUUUUUACAGCGCCAUGCCGGCUCCAAAAAACGGAAGAAACACGGAAAAAAACCCUCUGUCUCGCCUGUGACUCACACAACCAUACGCGGUGUGCGCGCUACAGGUGUAGCCAGUUAAAAGAUACAUUGCGCGGCAAAUCCAAUCCGGUGUACACGUUACGUGUGCAAUGUAGCCAAAGCGUUAGAUUAUAUUAGCCCAAUCACAAUUUUUUUUUUUUUUACUUGUAAGUUAUUCCCCUUUCAUUAGUUCAUUAUUAUUCAUUAUUUAGAACUAAACCGGUUGCUUCACUGGAAAACAUAGCAGUUAAAUAUCCGUCUGUUUCUCUCAUUUCUGAACAUCCUGGUGGAGUAAAACAAAUUUUAAAUCAUGUCAAAAUAAUCUUUACUCAAGAUCUGCUUUCUAGCUUUUUCCAGAACUAUCAACUGCAUCUCACAGUCUUCAUCGGCGAUCGGGAGUUGUCGGCUAAAUUGUCCCGAAUAUAAAGAAACACAUUAGGAAUCUUGAUUAAUAGGAAUGGGAAUCGUUAUUGUAUGAUUUCAUACAGAAGGGAAAACAAUAUGCACUCGUUGCCAAGUCACAAUGCAAAAAUCACAAUUUGACAAUAAAAGGUUAAGACCGUUGAAGAGGUAAUAUUUCAGCAUGCUAAAUACUACCAUUAAUGUGUUUGGGCUUGAGAAUGAGCAGGACUGUAUUUUCUGUUGGGUAAACAGUUGAAUAUACAAGUGGGUAUUGGGAUAACAGAGAGAGAUCCAAGAUUUACAUUUUUGUAACAGCUCCUUCAGAUACCAUGGUUAAUGAAUUAAAAAUAAAUAAAGGAAUUGACACUUAAAGAGCUGAAAAUGUAAUGGAAAACAGGACGAGUACCGGAAUGUAGAUGCUUCAAGUCGACAUAAUGACUUGACUUGAACUUGACAGAAAGACCUUUGUGACAAACCCAUUUCAUAACAAUAAUUACCUACCAUAAUUAGCCUCUUAUCCAAUUAGGGCUGAUGAAAGCUCAGGAUUGGCGAUACAGAUGGCUGUAUCUCUCAGAGUGAGAUGUGAAGCUGCUGCUCUUAGGCUACGUCAUCGUUUCCGUGCCGAGGGGUUGUGCAAGACCUUUGGCAACACUGAGACUGAAGCGAACGUUUCUCCGCCUGAUUGGGUCAUGACGUCUCGCUCUCUGAGACUUAGGCUACAAACGUUACAGUGGCAACUACCAGCAACCGGAGGAGUGUACAUGCAGCCUACUGUUUAUGCCCAGUAUACGAGAACGUUAGUUCUUCUACUGGAGCUGAAGAUAGUUGUCUGCACGGAGAUCGCUUUUGGCUCAAAACUCUGCUCAAAAACCAAAACGUAGCAGCGUUGAUGUAGUUAUAAUCAGGCCUUCUGAAGUUCUAAUCAUUUUUUCAACUAAAGUGUCGGUAGUAUUUAUCCACAGCCCGGUCACUCUUCAAAGUACAUUACAGGAGAUUACUGACUGCCUCUUUAAUGAUUGUUUGAACGGGACUUAUCAUGUGUGCUCAGAAGGUAAUUUUUACAGUACUUUGUGAACCCAAUAAAAACAAAGUAUCAGUGCAUACUACUCUGUAUGUGACAUGAUAGAAUUACGCAUUCAAGUGCUCCUCGGAUCGUCCGAUUUUUCCAAGAUCGGAAGUCAUUCUUCUGACUUCAUUGUGCUCAUGUGCACUCAAGGUGGAAAGUCGGAACAUUGAUUGUAACCAUAACAACGGACAUGGAUGCUAGGAAAAAAGGGUGACCUAGAUUAGUAAGUUAUUUAUUGGCAUUUAUUAAGUCAGGCUUAACGUUACCUAACUCCAUAAUCAAGGUGGAAUGCUAAUAAAUGCAAAAAUAUUGAAUUCAUAACUGAAUGGUUUUAUUUUUCAAACAACAUAUUUAAAAUACAAGACGCAUAGUAUUUCUCUUUAAGACAAUGCUAUGAUAAGCAAUUAUCCUUAUAAAAGUGUUCUUAUCUAUAAUUAUUUGAUAAACAACCAAACAAACCCUUCAUUUUCUUAAUUAAAUAAUGUGUUCCUGUACUGUCCAUCCAUUAUAUUUAUCAAGAACAAAUAACUUCUAAAUAGGAAAGAACAAAACUGAAACAAGUUUAUACAAAAUGAUACACUACCCAUUAAUAAUUUGAACAUCUCUUCUCAAAGCUCAUAUUGCUUCAGCUAAUGUACCUGACUUGUUAUUAAGGGUUAAAUACUGUACUUACCAUAAUAAAUUAGUCUAGUCACUCGUUAUGGACAACGAAUGAUGUUAAUACCAUAUUAGAAAUAAAAUUUGAACAAAAUUUGAUUUCAAAUAUGUGAAUUCAUAUUUAAAAAAAAUGUUUUUACCGUUAAUAAAAAAUCGAGUUUUGCCCGCCAUGUUGAUGACACAUUUGAAACUCAUAUAUCACCACGUGAACGCAGCAUAAUACCAACUAUAAUAAUGUAACUGCAGAACAUGUCCUAUUUAGGCUCCAGCCACGAAAGUUUUCCCGACAUUUUAUAGGGUUGUAAAAUAACUUCAUAUGUCAUUUCCCCCUCAGUCUCUCUGACUGGACCGGCUAAUCAAUGCAGCAGAAGAUCCAUUACUGGGGAAAUAUCGCCAUUCAUUUUGUAAACUCUACUCCAAACGGGUUCAAAGAUUAGUAAUGCUGUUUACGCCAAAUUCUAACCCUACCAACGUUAUGUAGCCUAACUAAAAAAUAGUAAUAUGUAACAAUAUUUGCCCCUCUUUAGAUGGCAGGAGUGAAAAAAAUAGUCAUCCUCAACAGUAGCUGUGUUCUGGUUUGAGAAUGAUGAAGAAGGUUAAGGUUAGAGGGUUAGGUUCGGGUUAGAGUUAAGAUACAAAACAGGAUGUAGGCUCUACAAGAUGACUUUUUUUUUCCUCAGCAACUAUUAUGUUUUUUCCCAAAAGAUGUACAGAUUUUUAGUCAUUCUAGUCUCUCAAAUGGCAUGAAAAAUCGUGGAUAAAGCUGCCAUAAAUGAAAAACAAAUCUCAAAACAUGCCCCCUGGACCCUACUGGGUUUAGGCUGAGUACCGAAUGUUUCCGACAUCUGGCUCUGCCCCUGGAUAAAACAGGGGGUUGGAGUGGGUUGUGUCCUUCCCAGUUCUUCAUAAUCACACAUAGUGUAGAUAGCCAUCAAUCGGUAUUUAUACUGGCCCGUCCAUCCGUAUUUUAUCACUUAUAAUCACCUGCCACUGUGUACAAAUUCAUUUGAAAAUACCUCCAUGUUAUAUACUAUCCUACCAUCUAUGAUAUAUGUUGGAUAUUGCAAUGUACUGAUCACUCUAGUUGUAGCUUGAAAUGCUUUUUUUUACAAGGAUAGUUAUGGGAGGGGCUUAUGGAACAUUCAGUAAUUGUCAGACAUUAUCCAUCCCCAUUUACAGUAUGUUACUCUUUUAUGUAACCAGAAAAAGACGAAUGGAAAUACAUAGAUACAUGUAUGAAGUGUUGUGCACAACUGGGUUACACAUUGUAACUCAAAACUAUCUAUAUCUGUAUAUUUGACAUUUGCUGUAGAAUAUAGGACCACUAUUCUACUCGGACUGCUCUAGGUAACAGCUCAUCUUUUUAUGGAGAAGUGAUACAUCUGUUCUUCUGUGUAUCUGUGAAAUAGAUCACUGUAUAUUUCAAAGCUUUAUAAAGUGGCAUGCUCUGCUGUUGUACUCCAGAUCAUUCUUAUAGGAAAGUGUCCAUUGGUUCUUAGUUUCAAAUCAGAUUUGUUGGUAUGUGAUAGACCAGGAGGAAAAAAAGAAUACACAAUCCACUUUUUUUUCUGUUGCCUUGUCUUGACGUCUAAACCUGACAGUGAACUUAACCACAUUCACUUUUUAAGGAAACUGAGAGCUUUGAAAAUGGUUUUCAUCUGAAACAUUGUACACAACAUACAGUGUGAUGAGGCAUUUUGAACUUCUCAAACAUAUCAUUGUCCCCUGUGAGAGUUUACUUAGAUGGAUGAGAUGACACCAGACUACUCUGUCUUUUAACUCUGUGCCAGUUUCCUUUACUUUGCGCCCACUGUUGUUGUCAUGAGACCUAUAGACCUAUUUAUUUUUAGAUGGCAGCUGAUUAAGGCCUCCUGUAGGCCUAUGUAAAACUCAUGCUUUUUACCCCUUCACAUCUUUGUUAUGCUUGUAUUUGGAACAUGUUUUGCAUUUUCAAGGUUUGUAAUUUACUGUAAACUGUUUUUGCUGUUAAUGGACGAGACUUUUACAAAAUAAACUCAUCGGAAUGCA